UACCCAUGUACCGUAGCCUAUCUUCUCUCUCUCUCUCUCUCUCUCUCUUCAUAGCUAGUGUAAAAAAGUUAAGGAUGAAGAAAGCUUCAUAUGUUGUACUCUGUGCAGUGGCUGUGGUAGCCAUGCUUCUAUUUGAAGCACCACUGAUGGCAAAGGCAGUGACAUGCAGUCCCUUGCAGCUGAGUUCAUGCAUAGCGGCCAUCACAUCUUCAGCACCACCAUCUAGCACUUGUUGCACCAAGCUGAGGGAGCAGAGGCCAUGCCUUUGUGGGUACCUCAAAGAUCCAAAUCUCAGGCAGUAUGUUAACUCUCCUGGUGCCAGAAAGGUCGCUAGUACUUGUGGUGUUCCCUUCCCUAGUUGUUAGGUUAUAAUUAUUAUGCAUCUUUAAAGUGAUUGUACUGGAAAUAUCCAUAUCCUGUAGGAGUAAUUCUCGUGGUAAAAAUCAAUGAUGAAUAAUGUGAAUGUUGUUCACAAGUACUAGUAAAAUAUAUUCAAUGAAUAAACUUUGUACUAUAAUGAAUUUUA